AGUCAAGACGGAAACAUGCGUUGAUGGACUCCUGUGCUGAUGUUUGUUAGUAGUAGUAACGUAGUUUGAGCGAUUAACGGCAGGAGCGACAGGGACGAUAGUCCUAAUGCUGGAUCAAGCUGGUUUUAAUCGUUAAGACAGGGUUUGACAUCGAUGGAAUAUAUUUUAUCGUUUUGAUUUACGUAUCCUCAGGUAAGUUGUUUUGAAAUGCCUUUGCUUGGGAAGAUAGUGGUGAUCAAGAGAAAUGGAGGAGAUGGCACUGAAUUUCCCCUCACAGCGUCCUGUCUGUUCGGAAGGAAGCUGGACUGUGAUAUUCGGAUUCAGCUGCCGCAGGUGUCUAAAGAGCAUUGUAAAAUUGAGCUGAAUGAGAACAAGGAGCUCAUUUUGACCAAUUUGAGCUCUGUGAACCCCACGCGUAUUAAUGGACAAGUUUUUAGUCAGUCGGAACGUUUAAAGCAUGGUGAUCUCAUCACAAUCAUUGAUCGUUCUUUCAGGUUUGAGUACCCACCUCCUAAGACACCGAAGAAGAGGCUGUCCACACCUGGAAAAGUCAAAGCAGUUUGGGCUUUGCAAGAACAGCAGGAAAAAGGCACACCUGUUCCUGUGGAAAAGAGGAAGUCAGAGCAUUCGUUUGAUACUUGUUUAAAAGAUGGGUCAAAUUUGCCACCAUCUGUGGAACAAACUGUUGAGACUGAACCAGAAGAUUGCAAACUUAAAAAGGACAGCCUGUCACCGUUUUGUGAGCUUUACCAAAUGGUCAAACAUGACCUUGUUGCAAAAUCACCAUGGAAGUCUGAGCAACCGAAAACACCUCUUGCAAAACCUCAGAUUGGUCAUGAGAAAGUUUCCGCUGCAGAUGUUAAAAGUAGUCAGAAAUGGGUCCCAACCCCAUCUGCCAAGAAGCGAAGAUCCUCGAAAUCCAAUUCUGAAGAUACAACUGGACCAGCUAUACCUCAGAGCUCUUUUAAUGCAAAUGUGGAAGAAAACCCCACUGACGAUGUGCCAUCUAUAGGGUCCACCACCCCCUCAAUGACAGAGAAAUGUGUAACUCCUGUCUCCCAGAAGAAUAGAACACCCUUGAAAACACCUCAGAAGUUCAGUGCUGGUGAGGUAGUCCAGCAAAUUCUUUUACAGCCACAGCCUGAAGAGAAAACUCCUAAAUCCCCAAAAGGAAGGAGAAGUGGUGGAUCACAGGAUCAGAGCCUUGUUCAUCAAAUGCCUUCAGUCCAGCCUCAGACUCCAGGCCCAAAUGAUAACACUGAGGGGAAGAUGUCACCAAGAACAUCCCCAAGAGCAAAUGCUGGCAAAAGGUUUCAAAUCCAAGAUGUUCUGCCUGAUAUUACAGCUACCACAUCAUCUUCUAAGAAGGAAGAUGACACUUCAGUAAAUGAGCUAUUUGAUAGAAAUGAAUCUCGCAAUGAGGUAACCGUUCCAAAAGCAAAGAAAAAGCGAGUGUCCUUUGGUGGUCAGUUGAGUCCAGAGCUAUUCGACAAAUGCCUGCCCCCAAAUUCCCCCCUUCGCCGUGGGGCAACACCACGACACAGUUUGGGUCCUUCCCAAAGACCCCAAUCUCUCUUACGACGAGCAUCCACCAUUGGUCUUUUGGCUCUUCGACUUAGAGAAACCAUUUCAGAGGCUCAAAAAUGUUCUCCAAAUAAAGCUUCACCCAAAAGGUCACCGGGUACCAAGGCUAAAACUCCAUCACCUGCCAAAAGGUCACCAGGUACCAAGGUUAAAACUCCAUCACCUGCCAAAAGGUCACCAGGUACCAAGGUUAAAACUCCAUCACCUGCCAAAAGGUCACCAGGUACCAAGGCUAAAACUCCAUCACCUGCCAAAAGGUCACCAGGUACCAAGGCUAAAUCACCAAAACCUCAAAAGUCACCAACUGCUUCAACCAAAGCACCAACACCAUCCUCUACUCCUGCUACACCCAGCACACCUGCAUCUGCUAAGAGAGCAUCCACUUCAGCGAUUGAGGCUGUGGGUGAUAUGUCUUUAACUGAGACACCUAAGGUGCAGGGAAGGUUUUCAGUCUCUCUUAUCAAUACUCCAUCACCUGUCCAGGACCAGGGGAACAUGUCUGAACCACAGUCAGCCAUUGCAGAAGACGUGCCCCAGAAGUGUGUAACACCAAAGAUACCCUUAAGGAGGAAGAGCAUGAAGUCUUCUGCAAGAAAAACUCCCAAAAGUGCAAUUAAAAGUGCUCUUAAUGUCAUACGUUCAAGACGCAGUGGAGCAUCACGGGCUAAUCUAAAAGUGUUGACCUCUUGGGCUGACAUUGUGAAGUUUGGUCAGAUCAAACCUCAAACAGAAGUUACAACUAAGAAAAAACCUAUGAAGAGCAGUAUAGUGAAGAGAACUGUAAUGCCAAAACCCAAGACACCUGCACAGAGGCUGAAAGAUGAUGUUAGCACUGGGCAUGCAGCAUCUCCAGUCACUAUUGUUGUUGGCAAAGCCCAUAUGAGGACUAACCCGUCUGUUGGUGCUGCACCUAAAAUAGUGCCAAACAUAGCACUAUUCAAGAAGGACAUGAAAAUGGAUGAGGACUUGACAGGUGUUGCAGAGAUUUUCAAAACACCAGCCAACACCAGGUCUAAGAAUAGAGUUCCUUUGAAUAAAGAAUGUCCAGAGAUUCCUCUGGAUGAGGUUUCAGUGAUGAAAACACCAGAGGAAUCAGGUGAAAUGUUGGUGUCGCCAUUAAGUGUGGUGUCCACUGCCAAAAGUGGUCGCUACAACAAUGAAGCAGUAACACGACUACUACUGGACAACCAGGAUGGUAGUUUGUUGGAAGAUGAAGGUCUUUCUCAACUCCCUGACAACUCCAUUGAAACAAGUUGCCAUGACAUCAUUCCAGAUGUAGAGACACCUUCUAAUAUCCAAACAGAGGAAGAGGAGGCUGCACCUGAAACAGUACUCAAAACCCCAAAACAGAAUGCUGCACCAUCCUUGUGCCUUACUGGAGUCAAGCGACUCAUGAAGACACCCAAACAGAAGGCUGAACCAAUUGAGGACUUAAGAGGAAAGCUGAUCAAGACCCCCAAGGAAUGUAAACCUACCCAGGGUGAAAGUCUAGAAGGCAUUAAGGAACUCCUAAAGACUCCCAAAUACAGGGGAGCUCCAGUAGAAGACAUGGUUGGAGUGAAAAGAGUGAUGCAGACUCCAAAAGAGAAGAGCAAUCCUGUACUCUGCGCUUCUGGUCUUCAGAGGCUUAUGAGAACACCCAAAGAAAAGGCGGAGCAUCACGAAGACCUCACUGGUGUGAAAGAACUGAUGAAAACACCGGAAAUAAAGGGAGACAUGGUGGAGAAUCCAUUACGGCUGAAAAGAUUGGCGAAGACACCUAAACAGAAGAGAAAUCAAGUUGAAGAGGACCUAACUGGUGUUCAGCAACUGAUGAAGACCCCUAAACACAAAGGAGAACCAGUUGAAGAUCAAAUGGGUAUACAAAGGUUGAUGCAGACUCCCAAAGAGACAGUUAAAGCUGUGGAAGACUUCUCCGCUUUGAAUCAGUUAAUGCAGACUCCCAAGUUAAAAGGAGAACCUGUCAGCAGUCAGUUUGAACUCAGUGAACUGAUGAAGACCCCUCAACUCGAAGCAAUGACAGAGGAGUCCACUGGCCUUAAAGAACUCGAACCAGAGAACAGCUCUUUCUUGACAACAGAAAGUAGUGUGACUGAGCCUGCUGAGAUACAAGAACUGGUGGAAAGUGGCUCUGCAUUCAUGCCAGCUGAAGGCGAGUUAAAACUGGGUUUGGAUGAGGAAUGUGACCAAGAAAAUGUCUGUCAGGUUGAAACCAUGGAGACUGAAGUUUUAAAAUCUAUGGAUCUCCAGUGCACAGCUAAAGCAGUUGAAUCUAAUCAGAGUCAUCCAGAGAUUGAGACUGUAAUUCCCAAGGAAAGACACCCUGACCAGAUUGAAGAGGAGAUUGUUUCAGUUGAUGCUACUGAUGUCUGUUCUUCUGUGCCAGAUAAGAAAACCCAAGAGCAGUCUGAAGAAACUGUAUGCGUAUCUGAUAAUACCAACGCAACAGUUGAAGCUACUCCAACUUCAUCCACUGCUGAGCAGGAGGAGCUAGUCAAGUCUCCACCUGCCAGCAAAAUUCAGCGUGGCACUCGAGGAAGAGCAGCACAGAAAUCCAAAAAUGGUAACAACGAAAUGGCCAAAGCACCUGCUGUGUUGUCAUUAAUUGAAGAGGAAAAUAUGAGUAGUCAACUUCCCGCUAGUCCUACCAGGGGAAGGAGAGGCAAGAAACUUCUUGAAGUUCCAGAAAUCACUGCCAGUCCAGUUAGAAAAUCAGCCCGUGGUAGAGUUCCCAAGCACAGCUUUGUGGAAGAAGAGGCAACGGAUACCGAGGCUGAGAUGCCAGGCUGCCUGCCUGUCGUUACCAAAACCAGGAAAGGGAGAAAAGCUAAACAAGAUGGUGCUGAUGCUGCAGUUGCACCCACUCAUGAUGCAAAUGCUGUUGACCCACAGUGUCCUGAUGCAAAUGCUGUUGACCCACAGUGUCCUGAUGCAAAUGCUGUUGACCCACAGUGUCCUGAUGCAAAUGAAAAGCAGGUCCAAGCCCCUCUUGUGAAACCUGGGAGGAGAAAGAAGAUGGAUAAACCCGAAAGACAACCCUCAGAAGAACUUGAACAGAAAACAACUGAAAUUGUUUGUGAGGAAAAUGCUAUUGCACCAGAGGAUGUCAAGUUGCAGACUUCACUAUGUGCUGAGACUAUCUCUGCAUCUAGAGCUAGGAGGGGAAGGCCAGCAAAGAAGGAACACUUGAAAACUGAGCCAACCGCUGCUUUGGAAAGUGAAAUUACAAGCACUCAUGCUGUUGUAGUGGCUGAGAAGCCAGUGAUACCUGUAGCAAAGUCAGUGCGAGGAAGGAGAGAUAAAAAAGAAACUGUCAAAGACCAACCCUUGGAUGAUGAUGAUGUCAUGGUUGUUUCCAAAACUGUGGCAGAGGCAAAUGCUGACCAUAAAGAGGAGCCUGAAACACCUGUGGUCAAGUCUGGCAGAGGACGAAAAACCAAACAGCAGAAACCACAAAUGGCUGAAGAGGUUGUUGACCAACCUGCUGUAGAUACCAGCACACAUUUACCUGUGACCGAAGAACACACUGAAACAGUGGUAAAAUCUGUGAGAGGGAAUAGGAAGACAAAGCAGUCAAAGGAGACUGUUUCAGUUGAGGCUGAGAAGACCGUUGUCAGCCCGGUUGAACAAGCAGAGACCCCUGUUGUGAAAUCGGGUCGAAAAAGGGCUGUUAAUGCAAAGGAAACUGAAAUGGUGGCAGACGUUUCUGUCAAAAGAGGUCGCCGUGCUGUUGCAGACCCUGCACCACCAGUUGCUGUGGUGUCUAGCCGUGCACGUAAAGCAGUUGUCAAGGCAGAGUCUGAGGUUACCGAGGAUGUAGCUUCAUCAAAAGAGCCAGUUAAGCCUGUUAAACAUACCAGGAGAACAGCAAAAGCACCUGAAUCAAAGAAAGAAGAAAAUACCAUGACACAGGCAGGGUCUGAAUUUGUUGCUGCUGAGAAAACACCAGGUGUUGCACUGGAGAAAGUGGAAAGAGGAAACCGUGGCAAAAAACUGAAGGAUUCAACUAAGGACAUCCCUAACAACCCAAUCAAUGAAUCUGCUACAGCUGAUGAAGCUAGUGAAAUAAAACCAUCAAAAACGGUUAACUGGAACCAAGAUUUGGUCGUCUGUAAAGACAUUGAAAAGUCUGGAACUUCUACAGAUGUAAAAGAGCCACAGAUGAAGAAGUCCAAAAGGUUAGGCAAAUUACCAGCUGAGAUGCCCUCCACAGAAUCAAAUCAAUCAACUGAUCUGCCACCCAGAGGCCGCAGAGGGAGAGGAGUGAAAAACGAAGAAAUUCCUGUUGAAGAGACUCAAGAAGAAGCUCAGAUAAAAGUCAAGCCAUUGAGAAGAGGAAAGGCAGUGGCUCCCUCUGAUCCCAAAUCAGAGCCCACUGAUAGCAAGAUAUCAACUCCCCUCAAAAGGAAAAGGAUUGAGGUAAUGGACGAGUCCGUAAAUAAGGAACCUUUGCCAAAGAGAAGAGGCAGAGUAGCUGAAGUUGCAGCAGAGGUCUCCAGCAAAGAGAAAACGCCUGAAGCUGAACCAGAAAAGGCUGAGCCUACUCCCAAGAAGACUGGAAAAAAAGCUACAAGAGGACAGAAAAGCACAGCCCAGGAACCAGAUCCAGCACCUGCUAAGGCUCAAGAGUCUGUUUCAGGAACCACCACUCGAAAAGCAAGGAGUGUGAAAAAAUUAGAGGAAGUAGAUGUCCCUGCAGAGGCAGCUCCUGUCAGGCGCACCAGGAGGAAGUAAAACACUGAUCUUACAGAGUGGUCUUAAUUAUCUAUUUUCUGUAAUCUCUGAAAAAAGUUUUAGUUUUAUAUGUUUGUAAUAUUGCAUUGCAUUUUUUCUAUACAUUUUUCAGUGUAAUUUUAGCUGAUUUUAUCUUAGGAAAAACUGUGAACACUUGUCAAAUGUGUUUUUUUUUUUAUGUUCUCUUAAACUCAGAUGAAAGGGGCAUUGAAACAUACAGGCAGACUUGUUUUACUUUAAGAAACUGUUUAAAGACUUUCUACAUUUGAACUGUUAACUUCCGUCAAAAAUCUAUUAUCUUCUGUAUUCCCUUCUCUCAUGUUCUUUUAUAAAUAUAUAUUUUUAAAAGAAUAAAAUAAGUGAGGGGUUCAAAACCAGGCUUGAUCUGUCAAUUCUUAGCCCAAGAGUGUGUGUUGUGCUGUAGAUGUAAGUGUACAUGUGACAUGUUUGAAAGUUUUCAUUAAAAAGAUUUUUGUCACCUCA